GUUAUAUAAAAGGUGUUCGUUUCAUUGACGUUUUAGUUUUGAACAUUACCGUGACAGAAGCAGUUAUGUGUUACAAUAUGCUGAAAAUUUUAAUUUUUUAUAUGCUCAUUAUAUAUAAAAAUAUUAACGCUGCUGUAGCCAUAUAUCCACCUGAAGAGAAACCCGAAGCAUUUAAGGACGAAAAAGGCUGUUACCUUUCUUCUCUAAAACGUUUAUUAGAUGUGGACGUACCAUAUUCACCACAAGAUGGCGUUAGUUGUGUGGAAUAUCUUUGCAAGGAGAGUGGUGACACCUAUCUUUUUACUUGUGGAAGCUUAGCUGCCGGGAAUGGACGUGAAGUGGUUGCUGGCAAUAAGACUUUGCCUUAUCCGGAAUGUUGUGAUUCAAUUGAAUGUGACGACGAAGUUGAAAGCAAUAAUUGUUAGCAACAAGUGAAUAAACCAUUGUUUAUACUAUAAAAGGUAUAAAUAUUAUCUUAAUAAAUUAAUUCUUCAACGCUUUUACAAUAUAACCUUAAUAAUGAUACAAUUUUUUACACUAUAAUAAAUUAUAAUUCAAAAAAUUAGUAUCAUUAAAUAAACGUCCUACGCACUAUCUACCCAGCCAUUAUAUUAAGAAUAUCGCAUAGUUUUUGUCUGUAUUCUCUAUGGCCUUAAUGUCUUUUGGUACUUAUCACUGAAUCAGAAUUCUAUGUUACAUUGAAUAUGGUCUAUUUUACUUUGGAGAUAUCAUUUUGG